AUGUCCAGGAACCAAAAAUCUGUAGCCGAUAAUAUCGAUUUUUGUUCACAAACACCCGAUGCAACAUAUAGUGAGGCUGGCAACUCUGACAGCAUGCAUAAUUCGUUUAUAUGCGAUUGUCGGAUGUCGUCCCUUUCAGUGGACAUUAACACCCCUCCAUCAGGCACAGAAAAUGAUGAAGGAAAUUUCAUGCAGGAGGGCGGAUAUUUUGAUGACAUAUUUCCAACUGGAUUGGAAUUAGAUGAAGUAUCGGACGCGGCUACCUACUAUCCCAGCAUAAAUUACCGGUUUCCCGAACAAUCAGAACUAAGAAAUUACGAACUGCUCAGUAAAAUCGGCGAAGGUGCUUUUUCCAAAGUAUUCAAGGCAGUCGACAUCACGGGAAAUGGCCAAGUUCCGGUUGCCAUUAAAGCGAUAAAAAAGAAAAGUGUUUAUAUCAGAGAUGAGGAAAUCGACCACGAUCCAGAAGGUGACGAAGAAAUUAAGAACUCCAGUAGAAAGCAAAUUAUAAAUGAAAUUGCCAUUCAUAGGAUGGUUUCCAAGAACAGCCCUCAUUUCACCAAGUUUAUCGAUUUCGAAGAAUCUGCUACUUACUUCUAUUUAGUGUCAGAGCUGGUCACUGGCGGAGAGAUAUUCGACAAAAUUGUUCAACUGACAUAUUUUAGUGAAGACUUAGCCCGCCACGUUAUCACACAAGUGGCAAUAGCCGUCAAACAUAUGCACUAUAUGGGCAUUGUUCACCGCGAUAUCAAACCAGAAAACUUACUAUUCGAACCUAUCCCAUUUCACGGCCGUAAUGGGAACAUACAGAAGGAAGAUACAUUUAAAUUAGGCGUCGGCGGGGGUGGUAUUGGAUUAGUGAAGUUAAUGGAUUUCGGAUUAUCCAAGAGAAUUUCUUCCAACACAGCAAAAACUCCUUGCGGAACGAUGGAAUACUCCGCGCCAGAAAUAUUCAAAUCCGAAGAAUACUCAAUGAAGGUCGAUAUGUGGGGUAUUGGUUGUGUUCUAUUCACACUACUAUGUGGAUACCCUCCAUUUUACGAGAAAAACCAAUCAAAAUUAGUCAGGAAAAUAUCCAAGGGUGACUAUGAGUUCUUAGCGCCAUGGUGGGACGAUAUAAGUUCUGGGGCCAAGAAUGCAAUCAUCCAUCUUCUAGAGGUUGACCCAAAGAAAAGGUAUGAUAUCGACGAUUUCCUAAAUGACCCUUGGUUAAACUCGUACGAUUGUUUGAAUUCCCCAAAUUCAAACACCUAUGCAACCAUUGAAGACAUACUAAAUGGCUCAUUUGAUGAAAGAACAGAGAACUUACAUUCUGCAUUGAGCUGCGAACUUCAAAAGCAAGUUAACACCAUACCGCACGAGAAUGACAGUUCAGAGUUCAUUUACAUGGUGGAAGAAGAUAGACACUUAAGAGGUAGUUGGACCGGCGAACUUAUGAUGCCUUUCACUUUAGACCUUAAAAGAUCUUCUGUAUACCGAAGAAGGAAAGAUAAACUCUUUUUCUGGUGA